AUGGCCAAAGGCGACGAAGGGUUCAAGGAGGGACAGAAAGCUUUUGCGAAGGUGGCCGCAAACAAGGUCGAUCCAGAAGAGGCGCAGAACAAAAGCUCACAAUCGCUCCCUGCAGGUGACGCUAAGAAGGGAGCCAAUCUCUUCAAGACAAGAUGCGCACAGUGCCACUCGUGCGUCGAGUCGGAAGGCAACAAGAUUGGCCCCAAUCUGCAUGGCCUGUUUGGCCGCAAAACUGGCUCCGUUGAGGGCUUCUCAUACACAGAUGCGAACAAGCAAAAGGGCAUUACGUGGGACGAGGCCUCUCUGUUCGAAUACCUCGAGAACCCCAAGAAAUACAUCCCCGGCACAAAGAUGGCGUUCGGAGGUCUCAAGAAGGGCAAGGACAGGAACGACCUGAUCACGUUGGUUUCCUUUGACGGCCUCCAGGGCUUUGUCUCUCUGCCUGUGCUAACAUUCUACCAGCUGGCUGCGCGAGGAGUGCAAGUAAAUGCGAUCUCUACACCUUAG